AUGACAGGCUCGUGGAGGCCGAGCCCCGCGGCCUCGAGUCCCGCGUCCCGUGAGCGCGAGAAGCCCCAGCGACAGCCGCCCCAGCGAGGUGGGCGUGGGCACGGACCCGGGCUCCACGCGCUCGUGCCUGGGCGUGGGGUACGCGCCACGCUAGGUGGCCUUCCCCGACCCCGCGCCGCUAGGGUGCGGGCCGCCGAGAGCCCCGCGCACCGCCCGGUUGGACGCCACGAGGCUGGUUCGCGGACGCGGCGGUGCAGGCGUCCGUAUCACCGGCCCUUCCCGGGGGCGAGUGAGGGGGGCAAGGCCUGGGUGCGCGUGUCCUACCGCGGGGGAAGGAGACAGUCCGCCUGCUUCAACGACUCGAGGCGCCAGGCCACCAAUGACGCGGGUGCCAUCGCGGGGCGCCACCGGCUGCGGAUCAUCAACAAGGCCACGGCGGCCGCCCUUGCCAACCGGCUGCCGCGGGGCGCCAGAGAGCAAAACGUGCUCAUUUUCGCCCUGGGUGGGAACACCCUCGCCGUAAGGGUCCUCACUAUGGACGCUGGUGUCUUCCAGACGUCUGAGGCUGGAGACGCUCGCCGGGGCGGAGAGAACUUCGGCAACAGGUUGGUGAGCCACUUCAUGAGGGACCUCGGUGGGAAGCGCAGGGAGGACUUGAGCGGGAACAAGCAGGCUCCACGCAGGCUUCGUACGGCCUGUGAGAGCGCCACGUGCCCUCUGACCUCCGGCGCCCAGGCCGCUCUGGAGAAUUCCCUGUUUGAGGGCGUGGACUUGUAUACGUCCAUCCCUCGAGCCUGCUUUGAGGAGCUGAGCUUAGUUGUUUUGCGCAGCGCCUUGGACUGGGUGGAGAAGGCCCUGCGGGACGCCAAGCUGGAGAGCCAGAUCCACGACAUUGUCCUAGGACAGGACUUCUUUGGGGGCAGGGAGCUGAACAAGAGCGUGAACCCUGAUGAGGCUGUGGGUGGGGUUGCUGUGUAGGUGGCUAUGUUGAUGGGGGAUGAGUGUGAGAAAGUGCAGGAUCUCCCUCUGGACAUGGCUCCCCUGUCCCUGGGGCUGGAGACAGCAGGCGGGGUGAUGACCACGCUGAUCCAGAGGAAUGCCACCAUCCCUAUCCAACGGACCCAGACUUUUACCACCUACUCAGACAACCAGCCUGGGGUCCUGACCCAGGUGUAUGAGAGUGAGGGGGCCAUUAACAGGGACAAUCACCUACUGGGGCACUUUGAGCUCAUUGGUAUCCCUCCUACAGCACAUGGAGUCCCCCAGAUCAAGGAGACCUUUGACACUGAUGCCAACGGCAUCCUGAGUGCAGCUACUGUCAGGAGCCCAGAGAAGGCUAACAAGAUGGCCAUCACCAACAAGGGCCGGCUGAGCAAAGAGGACUUUGAGAGGGUGGUUUCAGAGGCUGAGCGGCACAAGGCUGAGGAUGAGGCCCAGAGGGACAGAGUGGUUGCCCAGAACUCCCUAGAGGCUAGUGUCUUCCAUGUGAAGGGCUUGGGGCAAGAGGAAAGCCUUAGAGACAAGAUUUCCAAAGAGGACAGGCACAGGGUACAAGACAAGCGUCAGGGAGUUCUUGCCUGGCUGGAGCACAGCCAGUUGGCAGAGAAGGAGUGUGAGCAUCAGAAGAGGGAGCUGGAGCACAUCUGUCGCCUCACCUUCUCCACCUACAGAGGGCCUCUUGUCCCCGGGGGUGGUCGUUGUGGAGCUGAAGCUGACCCGGGAACCCCCAGUAGGGCCCCGACAUUAUGGAGCAAACGUACUGGAUUAGAAUUGGUGGUGGCGUUAGAGUCAGCAGCUGGUUGGGUUUUAACCUGGUGCCUGGAGGCCGGCAAAGGAGUCAGGCCAAAUCGCUGGUACCGAAUCCCACACCCGGCGGAUCCAGCGCUGAGGCGCGCCAAGCGGCGGGUCUGGGAGCGCGGAUCAGAUCAGGCGGCAGGGAAAAUCCCCCAGCCACGCGAGGCUUCCGCCUUCCCACCCGCCUCCUCGAACCCUCCACCCCAACCCUCCCCUGUGACUGGCGGACCGACUAGGAGUAACCUGUCUUUAAACGCCUCCGUCUGCGGAGGAACCUACCCAGUCAGGAUGCCGAGUCUCCCCGGGCCCUGCGUACAGGUGCGAGAUGUCCUCCCCGGGGCCCUGCGCGUGACAUUAGCGGGUGCGUUGGAGGAAGUGCACUUGCAGGUCUACGUCAGUAAACAGAUCAAUUAUUUGAAGUCAAUAAAUAGACCAUUAAAAAAGAUGCCCAAUUUAGAGGUCGGAGAGUUUACGCUCGGAGCAACUUGGGUAUAUGAAUCCACUUUUUCAACUGUAGACGUUAUGAAAUCGAAGUACCGAUCAAGUUUUCGGAUGAAAACUUAA